UCUUACCAUAUGUUGCGGGCCUUCUGGUGUCAGGAAGGAGGAAGUGCCAAAGUUUCGUCUCAGCUGAGGAUGCCGCAGACAAACAAAUCCAGAAACGCUCCGGCCUCUAAUUCUUCAGGCUCGGCCCAAGCUGAAGAUGUCGACCCCGUGGCCCGGGAGGAGAGCCUGGCAGCGGGGCACGGAGGAGGAGAGGACAACGUGGGAGACGGCGACAUCAUCAAAUCGCCCAGCGACCCCAAACAGUACAGGUACAUAGAGCUGGACAACGGGCUGCGAGCUCUGCUCAUCUCGGACUACAGCGGUCCGGCAGCAUCCGAGGAUGAGGAUUCAGAUGGAGAGGAUGACGAUGAGGGUGAGGAAGAAGAAGAAGAGGAGGAAGACGAUGAUUCUGGAGGAGGAACAGAGGACGAGUCCGAGGAAGAUGAGGAUGAAAAGCACAGUGGCUUUGAAGAUGACGAAGAGAAUGAGGGGAAGAAGAAGAAAGGAAAUGCAGAAAAACAGUCGGCUGCAGCUCUGUGUGUUGGAGUCGGCAGCUUCAGUGAUCCCGGUGACCUCCCUGGCCUCGCCCACUUCCUGGAGCACAUGGUGUUCAUGGGCAGCGAGAAGUACCCCUCGGAGAAUGGCUUUGAUGCUUUCCUAAAGAAGCAUGGCGGCAGUGACAAUGCCUCCACAGACUGUGAGAGGACCAUCUUCCAGUUUGACAUCCAGAGGAAACGCUUCAAAGAGGCUCUUGACAGGUGGGCUCAGUUUUUCAUCUGCCCGCUGAUGAUCCGAGACGCCAUUGAUAGGGAGGUGGAGGCCGUUGACAGCGAGUACCAGCUGGCUAAGCCGUCAGACUCCCACAGGAAGGAGAUGCUGUUUGGCAGUCUGGCCAAACCUGGACACCCUAUGGGCAAGUUCUGCUGGGGGAAUGCCCAGACGCUGAAGGAGGAGCCAAGGAAGAAGAAGAUCAAUGUCUACAAGCGGCUGCGUGGCUUCUGGAAGAGGCACUACUCUGCCCACUACAUGACUCUGGCUGUGCAGUCCAAAGAAAAGCUGGACACUCUGGAGGAGUGGGUGACAGAGAUCUUCAGUAAGGUGCCCAACAAUGGCCUGGCCAAACCGGAUUUCUCUGACAUGCCGGAUCCCUUUGACACAGAAGCCUUCAACAGGCUGUACAGAGUCAUUCCAGUGAGGAAGGUCCAUGCUUUGACCAUCACCUGGGCCCUUCCGCCCCAGGAGAAACACUACAGAGUGAAGCCUCUCCACUACAUCUCUUGGUUGAUUGGCCAUGAAGGCACAGGAAGCAUCCUCUCAGUGCUCAGAAAGAAGUGCUGGGCCCUGGCUCUGUUUGGAGGGAACAGCGAGACCGGUUUUGACCAAAACACCACCUACUCCAUCUUCUCCGUCUCCAUCACCCUCACUGACGAAGGCUUCCAGAAUUUCUACCAGGUGACUCACCUGGUGUUCCAGUACCUAACGAUGCUGCAAACCCUGGGACCACAGCAAAGAAUAUAUGAAGAGAUUCAGAAGAUUGAGGCCAAUGAAUUUCAUUAUCAGGAGCAGACUGACCCGAUAGAGUAUGUGGAGGACAUUUGUGAGAACAUGCAGCUGUUUCCUAAAGAAGACUUCCUGACAGGAGAUCAGCUGAUGUUUGAGUUCAAUCCAGAGGUGAUCAGUGCAGCCCUGUCCCUCCUCACCCCAGAGAAAGCCAACCUGAUGCUGCUGUCACCAGAACAUGAGGGCCAGUGUCCCCUCCGGGAGAAGUGGUUUGGCACACAAUACAGUGUGGAGGAAAUCCAGCAGGAGUGGAGGGAGCGGUGGACAGGGAAUCUGGAGCCCAACAAUGAUCUGCACCUCCCUGCUGAGAACAAGUUCAUCGCCACUGACUUCACCCUGAGGCCCUCUGACUGCCCAGACGCUGAGUUCCCCGUCAGGAUAGCCAACAGCGACAGAGGCUGCCUCUGGUACAAGAAGGACAACAAAUUCAAAAUCCCUAAAGCCUACGUCAGAUUCCACUUGAUAUCUCCUGUAAUCCAGCAGUCUGCCAGGAACGUGGUGUUGUUUGACCUGCUGGUGAACAUUUUGGGCCACAACCUAGCAGAGCCGGCCUACGAGGCUGAUGUGGCCCAGCUGGAGUAUAAACUGGUGGCUGGCGAGCACGGCCUGGUCAUCAAGGUGAAGGGAUUCAACCACAAACUGCCUUUGCUGCUCCACCUGAUCAUCGACUACUUGGCAGACUUCUCUGCCUCCCCUGAUGUCUUUAGCAUGUUCUCAGAGCAGCUGAAGAAAACCUAUUUCAACAUCCUAAUUAAACCGGAGAAACUUGGCAAGGAUGUGCGUCUGUUGAUCUUGGAGCACUCUCGCUGGUCUAUGGUGGAAAAGUACCAGGCUCUGACUGAAGGUCUGACUGUGGAUGAGCUGAUGGAGUUCAGCAGGACCUUCAAGGCCCAGCUCUAUGCCGAGGGGCUGGUGCAGGGCAACUUCACCAGCGCUGAGUCUGAGCAGUUCCUGCAGUAUGUCACAGACAAGUUGCAGUUCUCCAAGCUGCCAGCAGAGGUGCCAGUGAUGUUCAGAGUGGUGGAGCUCCCACUGAAGCACCACAUCUGUAAGGUCAAAUCUCUCAAUAAGGGAGACGCCAACUCCGAGGUCACUGUUUACUACCAGUCUGGCCCCAAGAACCUGAGGGAGCACACACUGAUGGAGCUGCUAGUGAUGCACAUGGAGGAGCCCUGCUUUGACUUCCUCAGGACCAAAGAGACUCUGGGGUACCACGUGUAUCCCACCUGCAGAAACACCUCGGGAGUCUUGGGCUUCUCUGUUACUGUGGAAACACAGGCCACCAAGUUCAAUACCGAGCUGGUGGAGUUAAAGAUUGAGGAGUUCUUGGCUUCGUUUGGGGAGAAGCUCAGUGCGCUUACUGAGGAGGCCUUUAAUACACAGGUGACUGCUCUAGUGAAGCUGAAGGAGUGUGAGGACACACACCUUGGGGAGGAGGUGGACAGGAACUGGGCAGAGGUGGUUACACAGCAGUAUGUGUUUGACAGGCUCAAUAGAGAGAUCGACGCUCUGAAGCAGAUGACCAGGGUCGAGCUGGUCUCGUGGUUCCAAGAACAUCGAGGACAGAGCAGCCGCAAACUCAGUGUGCAUGUGGUGGGAUUUGGUCCUGAAGAGAAUGAUGAGGAGGGUGGUGGUGAAAAGGGAGAUAGACAUGAAGAAAAAGAGGAUGAUUUCAGCAGCUCUGCCUACGGCGAGGUGUCCAAACUCACCUUCCUUACUCCCUCACCAAAGCUGGCAGGCGCCACAGCCAUCAUGGCCAUUCUCUCUUUCACCGAAGGCCUGCCCCUCUUCCCUUACCACAAGAUCCUCCAGUAAACUCGCCCUCAGACUGAGAAACAGACAGAUGGUUUUGCCUCUGAUAUUGAGGCAUGUUUGGGGACUCUGCCUCAUUAGGGCUGAAUGCUAAAUAAGUGGAGAUGAAAGAUGGUUGGAGUGAGCUCACUUCCUCUCCGGCGCUGUAUUGUGGACCUGGGAGUCUACCGUAGAGCUUAACCAAUGCAGUGUGCACUAAGCAAAAAGGACCGUGUAGCCGUAGAGUAGAAUUGAUAGAGCAUAUUUUUGGCUAAAUGAUAUCUAUUCUGCUUUCUCACGCUCAUUUCUUUAAUAUCAUCAGAUAUCGAGAGUCAUUGAGAGUGUUGAAUUUUCUUUCUCUUCUUCAUCCCAAAGUGAAUGGAAUCUUUGAAUCAAAUGCAGAUUCGUUUUAUUCUAUGAAUUGUGCUGCUGUUAUUAAGUAAGACUCAAAAUGAGGAGUUGUCUAUCAUGCCAGUGUGUAUGUUGGAGCCUGACUGAAUUUAGUGACCUUUAAUAACACAGAACCACAAUGAAAAUCAGCUGUGGAACCUCGCCCCUUCUUCCCAGAUGAGCUCUUUGUGUAUGAAUGCGUGUGUGCAUGUUUGUGUGUGUUUGUGUGUGCAUGCGUGCUGGAUUUCAAGCUCUGGUGUGCACUGUUUUUACUAACUGACCCAAUCAUGCUGUGGUAUGAAAUUGCAAAGAAAUAAAUUAAUGAUUGAUGAGUGAAUGAA